ACACACACACACAUUUAGAAGUGCUGUUUAGACUGAAGACUGUACUGUUGGCGACGGUGGACAGCCAUGCUUACUGCUGUGAUACUAAUGGUCCUCUGCUCCACUGCAGACUCUGUGAGGCUUGUGGGUGGAGUUGGAUCCUGCUCUGGGAGAUUGGAGGUGGAGACCCGUUAUUCCUGGACCACAGUGUGUGAGACUGACUUUGAUUGGCGGGAUGCAGUCGUGCUCUGUGGGGAGCUGAACUGCGGGACUCCAGUAACUCUACAGGGGGCGCUCUUUGGAAAAGGGAAACGCCCAUUUGGGUUGAGAGAAUUCCAGUGUGAAGGCACAGAGAAGAGCAUACUGACCUGCAAUACCUUAACCAGAGAGGAAAACACCUGCAUACAUGGCAAAGCUGUAGGACUUAUCUGUUCAGGGGUCCUGGUGAAGCCCAGCAUCUCUUUCUCCUCUCCCAAAACCAUCUCCACUUACUUCCCCAAGCAGCACGUAAUCGAGAGUGACUCUGACUUCACCAUCACCUGCUCCACUCUGCCACAGUUCCAAGGAGGCUCCUUCAAACUUAAGGUGCCCUGGAAUAAUGAACCCUACACCCAGCAUGCUGACAAUCACUUAGCCUCCUAUCUCUGUCCAGAAGCUGAGAACAUGUAUCAUGAGGGGAACUACAGCUGCAUCUAUGAGAAUCAUGUAAACAUUGGGAGGAACGUGUUACUCACCUCGGAGAGUGAGACCCAUACCGUCUUCAUCCAAGGGCCGUACGAUGUGAGGCUGGUUGGUGGAAGCACUCACUGUAACGGGACAGUGGAGAUGCCUAAACGUGGGCGAUGGAGGAAAGUGAGCGCUAUGGACAUGGAUCCUCUGAAACAGGCUGCUGUGGUCUGCAGACAGCUGAAUUGCGGCUAUCCUGUUUCAGCUACAACAGCAAGAGCAACUGACGAAACGUGGCAGUUUCUGAGCAACUGUUCUGGAUCAGAAUCUGCACUGGGAGAAUGCAAACAUGUGAUCCAGCGUCCAACGUACUUCACUGACACAGUGGUCUGUUCAGGACCACACAAUGUGAGGCUGGUGAACGGGAACAGUCGCUGUAACGGGACAGUGGAGAUGUUUCACACUGGACAGUGGAGGAAAGUGAGCGCUAUGGGCAAGGACCCGCGGAAACAGGCUUAUGUGGUCUGCCGACAGCUGGAUUGCGGCUAUCCUGUUUCAGCUACAACAGUUAAAGCAGUUGACGAAAAAUGGCAGAUUCUGAGCAACUGUUCUGGAUCUGAGUAUGAGCUAAUAAAAUGCGAACAUGUGAUUGCGCAUCGCACCGGCUUCAUUGAUAAAGUGGUUUGUUUAGAAGAUUUUUUUUUCUCCAGUAUGGCAGAGUCACCGCCAAGAAGAUUCAGACCACCAAUAGUGGUCGGUUAGUGGGAACAAGACAAUCUGAUCAUGUUUAAUUUAACUAAACAUGAUAGCUAUUUUUGUUCAACUAUAUUUUAUAUUUUCCCUAUUGCCACUGAUAUAAAAAUACUAAUACAGCAAUCAAA